AUGGUGGCCAAACAAUUUUACUUGCUGGGUGAGGUUAUCACCUCAGCUCGCUCGAUCGAGGUAGAGACUGAAACCGACCUCCAAGGGCUUCAGCUUCUCAUUGCUGGCCAAUUUGCCAUUGUUGAACCAAAUGGCAUCGGCUUCCAGUCAGAGGACUCGAUAUUCUACUCCGUUCCAGAAAUCCUUGCCAACGAAACACCCAUUGCGAUCUCAAUCGACGGCAAAGCAGUACGGGAAAUCCCUGGCCCUAAGGGGUUACCAUUCGUGGGCACUUUCUUCGAGAUUUACCCUGAUCACCUGGGAAAUCAUCAGCGUCUAUUUGAUCAAUAUGGUCCCAUCAUUCAAACGAACAACAUGGGCCGCACAGUGUAUCAGACCAACGAUCCGGAACUAUCAGCUAUUAUCUUCGCCGAAUCCGAUUUCUUCACCAAGAAAAUCAACAGCGCACACCCUCUCUACCCGAUCAAGAACCCAGAAGCCGGUGUUUUCCUCGGUGAUACCGACACCCCUGAAUGGCGCGCAGCACACAAAUUCCUACCGCCAGCAUUGGGCCCGAAAGCAGUGCGCCACUAUGCACCCACUAUGCAAGCAACGGUUGAGGAUGCAUUCAAUGUGUUUGACGAGCUAGAUAAGCGCGGCGAGGCGUGGAACGUCUACCCAUACAUGCUCAAGCUCGGUUCCCAGGCUGUGGGUAAGUUGGUUCUCGGAAUGGAUUUCCAGCAUUUCUCUUCUGUGGACUCAUUGCCGCACGAGCUUGUCUUCCGAAUUGCCGAAUCACUGGAGUUGAAUAAGAAAGUGACCGCUCGCGGUGAUUGGUAUGCUAAGAUGCCUUUCGGUGACCCAAAACGCCUGCGGGAUGCUCGCCAUCGUAUCCUAGAGAUGGUUGAUGAGUCGAUUCAAAAUGCAUCUCGCAAUGGAGUUGAAGACCUCCCGCUGCAAGACGCCGCACUCAAAGCCUCUAACAUGAUUGAUUACAUUAUUCGUGCCACUGAUAGCAAGGGCGAGAAGCUACCGAAAACCAGUGUGAUCGAAUCACUAGUGGUAGCCACCGGUGCUGGAUUUACCACUACCAGCUCGUUGCUAUCCUGGUUGCUCUAUUCUGUGGUUACCUAUCCCGGCAUGCAGGAAAGGCUCCUACAAGAGUUGAUUGACAAUGACAUCGACGCCGAUACUCGGAUGACUGCAGAUCUGACAGAUCGUCUGACUUUCUUGGACAAAUUCAUCAAAGAGACCCAGCGCCGCCAUAACCCUUCAUACCAGCCUGCGCGUACUGCAAAGGUCGAUAUGAUCCUUCCAGGCGGAUACAAGCUCCCCGAAGACUCUAUCAUCAUCCCUGCUAUCCAUCACAUCCACAACAACCCAGAAAUCUGGUCAAAUCCAGCGCGAUUUGACCCGGAUCGCUGGGAUACCCCUGAGGUCAAGAAUCGUCAUAAAGCCGCGUAUAUUCCCUUUGCCAUGGGCCAACGUAUGUGCAUUGGCUUCAACUUCGCCCUGCAGGAAGUCAAGGUGUUCUUGCCGAAGCUACUGUAUCGGUACCAAUUCACGAGGGAAAAUGAGGGGACGAUCGAGUACGAUCCCAUGUUCCAGUUGAUCCGUCCUACCAACUUGUAUGUGCGGGCGGAACGACGAGUGAAAUGGCCUCCCAAGACAGAGCAUGUCGAGAACAGGGCCCAGCUGUAA